AUGCCGCCUGGAGCCUGGCUGCGCUGGGCCUGCCUCCUGCUCCUGGCCAGGCCCACCCUGCCCUGCCCCCAGGGCUGUGACUGCUUCAUCCGGGAGGUGUUCUGCUCGGACGAGGGGCUCGCCUCCGUCCCACUGGACAUCCCACCACAUGCCACAGACAUCAUCUUCGUGGAGACCUCGUUCACUGUGGUGGGCACCAGGGCCUUCAGCGGCAGCCCCAACCUGACCAAGGUGGUCUUCCUCAACACCCAGGUGUGCCACUUCAGGCCGGAUGCCUUCGGGGGCCUGCCUGGGCUCCAGGACCUGGAGAUCACCGGGGGCAACUUCUCCAACCUCAGCGCCGACAUCUUCUCCAACCUGAUCUCGCUGGGCAAGUUCACCCUCAACUUCAACAUGCUGGAGGCUCUGCCUGAGGGCCUCUUCCAGCACAUGGAUCGCCUGGAGUCCCUCCAGCUGCAGGGCAACCGGCUCCAGACCCUGCCCCAGAGGCUUUUCCAGCCUCUGAGACGUCUAAAGACCCUCAACCUAGCACAGAACCUCCUGGCCUAUCUGCCCGAGGAGCUCUUCCACCCCCUCGGCCGCCUGCAGACCCUGAGGCUGAGCAACAACCAGCUGGCAAGUCUGCCCCGGGGGCUCUUCAGCUGUCUGGGCAGCCUGCAGGAACUCUUCCUAGACGGAAACUCCAUCUCUGAGCUGCCCCCAGAAGUGUUCGCGCAGCUCUCCUGCCUGGAGAAGCUGUGGCUGCAGCGCAAUGCCAUCGGUCACCUGCCUGGGUCUGUCUUCUCCGCCCUGCCCAACCUGACCUUCCUGAGCCUGCAGGGCAAUGCGCUGCAGACGCUGCCUGCCGGCCUCUUUGCCCAGUCCCCCGGCCUGGUCAGCCUGUCCCUGUCCCACAAUCAGCUGGAGACCAUUCCCGAGGCAGCUUUUGCCAACCUGACCAGCCUCGGGUCCCUCACGCUCUCGCACAACGCCCUCACCCAUCUGCCCGCCGGUGUGUUCAGAGGCCUCAAGGGGCUGGUCAAGCUCUAUCUGAGCAGCAACAACCUGACGGUCCUGCACCCUGCCCUCUUCCAGAACCUGUCCAACCUCGAGCUGCUCAGCCUCUCCAGGAAUCUCCUGACCACGCUCCCCGACGGCAUCUUCGACACCAACUACAACCUGUUCAACCUGGCCCUGUAUGGGAACCCCUGGCAGUGUGACUGCCACCUGGCCUAUCUCUUUAGCUGGCUGCAUCAGUACAGCGACCGGCUGUUCAACAUCCAGACCUACUGUGCCGGCCCUGCCUACCUCAAGGGCCAGGUGGUGCCCGCGCUGAAGGAAGAACAGUUGGUGUGCCCCAUCACCCGGGACCGCCUGGGCUUCCAGGCCCCAGGGCCGGAGGACAGGGAGCCGGGGGGCACCUGGGAUCUGGUUGCGCAGGAAAGGGCAGCCAGGAGCUGGUGCACCUACAGCAAUCCCGAGGGAACCGUGGUGCUGGCUUGUGACGAGGCCCGGUGUCGCUGGCUGAACGUCCAGCUGUCCCCUAGGCAGAGCUCGGGCUCCCCAGGACUCCCCAUCAAUGCCAGUCAGGAGUGGGACUUGAAGUCCAGCUGUGGCUCUGUGAGGGUCACUGUGUCCAUUGAGGCUCUGGCAGGGGAGCCGUAG